AUGAUACCCCCUCGCCCAUCCGGCCAACCCCUAAGCAUCCCACACACCCCACCCCACACACCCGGUCCAGGCCACAACAGCAAGGGUACAACAAUCGUUGGAGGGCGUGUUGGCCACAACAGUACCGUACAAGGGGCUUUGGAUGGAGGACGUGGUGGUGGGGGAUUCGGCAUUCUUUCACUGAAUUGCCUUCUUUUGCUACAGGGUCAUAGCAGCACGGUACAGCAAGCACUAGAGAGUCUGGUGGUGUGGGAUUCGGUGUUCUUCCACCGCACUGCCCUCUGUGAUAACAGCACAGUACAAGGGGCGCUAGAGAGCCUAGUGGUGUGGGAUUCGGUCUUUUUCCACCGCAUUGCCCUCUGUGGCUACGAGUUCGAGCAAGCCUACGCCUUCUUCCCCCUCCUGCCCUCCCUCAUGCGACUCCUCGCCACUGCCACACCCUCCACGUUCGCCCUUGUGGGACUGCUCCUCUCAAAUGCCGCUUUUGUGGCAGCAGCUUUCUACCUCUUCAGGCUGACCGAAUGUGUUCUUUCUGACACGCGCUUGGCCCUCCUCUCCUCCCUCUUCUUCUGCCUCACCCCCGCCUCCACUUUUUACUCUGCCAUCUACUCCGAAAGCCUAUUCGCUCUGCUCUCCUUCGCUGCCAUGUGGCGCGUUGUGAGUGGCCGAUGGUUCUCGGCAUCCCUCCUCAUCGCCCUCUCAGCAGCAGCGCGCUCAAAUGGAGUCCUUCACUCGGGCUUUUUCCUCUUCUCACUGCUGCAGGUACAUGCUCCUUAG